CUUCCCGGGCGGUGGUGGCGGAGCCGCGGCGAUGCUGCUGGUGCUGUCGGCGGAGCACAGGGCGCACCUGGGCUGUUUGCCGCGGGCCGGCGGCGCAGCCGUUGGCGAACUGGGGCGCCUGGCGCUGGAGCAGUUGCGGCGAGGAGCGGCCCCACGGGCCUGCGAGACCGCCGCCAGAAAGCUGAACAUUGGCGUUGAGACCAUUCAGCAUGGGGUAGAAGGACUAGCGUAUCUUCUUACGGAGAGUUCCAAGCUUAUGAUUUCUGAGGUUGACUUCCAAGAUUCCAUUCAUGUUUUGGGAUUCUCAGAUGAAUUGAACAAAUCCUUGCUCCAGCUGUACCUUGACAACAGGAAAGAGAUCAGGAGCAUUCUUGGAGAGCUGGCACCAAGGCUUCCCAGCUACCACAGUCUGGAGUGGAGACUGGAUGUGCAGCUUGCAAGCAGAAGUUUGAGACAACAGAUCAAGCCUGCUGUGACUAUGAAGCUACAUCUUAACCAAAAUGAUGAUCAAACUGCCCAGGUGUUGCAAACUGACCCUGCUACCCUUCUCCACCUUAUCCAGCAACUGGAGCAGGCGUUGGGGGAGAUGAAGAUGAACCACUGCAGAAGAAUAGUGCGCAACAUGAAAUAACCUUGACUCCUCUCAGCUCUCUUACUAAGCGGUUUGAAAAACAACUCAAAGCACUGCUCACAAAUAGAUUUUGAGGGAAAAAAAACAUCUGGAUCAGAUGAACUGCUUUCCUGUCCCAGGAUCUUGAACCAGUAUUUACUGGCCAAAUGUCCUUGGCUGUCAGCUUUUGCACAUCUAUAUUUGGUGACCUUUUUCAGAGAAUCAUCUUCAUAUAUAGUACAUGUUAAUUAAAUAUGAUCAAAUAUAACUACUUGGGAUUUUUUGAUUUGUAAUUUUUAUGUAAUUGAUCUCUGUUUUCAGGUGAAACACAAGAUUAGCCAAUAUGUAGGUGAGUGGUUUCCCUCCUUCUGCCUCUCCUGACUACAGCCAUAGUCUGGAUCUCAGGGCAGCAAAACAGGAAUUUUAGAUACAAAUCCUAGAAACUUUUUGUGUUGUCUCACUUCUGCCGGUUGAAUCUGAACAUAUUUACAUUUCUUCUUUCUUAAAUGUUUUAAAAAUCAAGCUGUUAUAGAGCUGAUUGGCAUUAUGGUAAGUGCUGGCAGUCUACACAUGGGUCAUAUCCUGAAGCAUGUGCUAACUGAGAAGGGGGAGGGUUUUCCUUAGGGAUUCUGAGUAAAAUGGUCAGUUGAAAACAGAUGUUGAGAUUGCAGAAUGUCACUGGAGAGCCUGCAUGUUCCUUUGGGGAGUGUGUUGCAAUAUUGAAGAAGAAAAAGCUGCAACACUGAAUGGUUUUGUUUCCUCUUACAAAAAAUUACCUCAACUAGGGAUGGUAGUGGUGGUAGUGGAUGGUAAGGAUGGUACCUCAAACUCUGGCAGUGAUCCACAGACUCCAGGAGAGAGGGAAGGAGAAAGAUCCUUUAGACCAAGCAUCUUACUUUUAAAUUUUACCUUUCGGUUUGUUCUGGGGCAAGUACUGAGCAUGAAAACCAGCUGCUCGGCAGCAGGAUUGGGGCUUAAUUACUGGAAAGGCAGAUUUUCCUUUAGGUGAGGUUGGAACUGGUCUGCCCCUCUGCGAGUUCUUGCUUCUCUGUCUUCACAGCAUCCAGGGCAGCUACUGCGGGCGUAGCACUUACAUGCGGCUGGUGAGUGUGACUGCACGGCAAGCAGCACUGGCUGCCAGUGCCUCUGUACGGCAGGUCAGACUGGGGAGUGAAAAGCCACCUGUGUCAGUAACCCAGAGGUACUGGUAAAACAGGAAUUCACCCUUGGAUACGACUUGGAUUUUGUUGUAAACUCCCAAAUUAAAGGUGGCAUGUAAAGCUACAUUUAUCUUCUCUACUUAAUUUGCACUUGCUUUACAGAAACCCUUGAACAUGACAAGGAGACUACAAAGCAAUUUUUGCAAGCUACUGAAAAAAAUGUUACGUUGCUACUUUUAACCCAUUUUAUUUUUAACAAUGUUUUAAAAAUUUACUUCUGUUCCAUUGUGUUCUUUGUUCUCCAUCACCAUUCAGUUCAGAGGAACACACGUUUUCUGCUCCUGUGUGGCUGUUGACAGAUGGACAUGGAGCAUCUAGCUGCAGUUACUGCCUGAUCGGAGUCUCCUUGCACAGAGCAAACCCAAAGCAGAGGCAGAACCAUGCCAGGCUGCACUGUGUGCUGGUCACUUGGUUACUCAGAAAGGACAAGGCUUGCUCAGGGACCCUGAAUGUUUUCUUUUAUAACAGACAUCACACAUGCUGCUUCACCUAUAUAGGUUCUCUCAGAAAAAUGUUAAUCUCUGAAGAGCUUUGAUGUAGAGCAGUGAUGGAUCUAGAUUAAUUACAUGUGGUAUUAUUUCUUUAA